CCGCGAAGAGAUACCGCCAUGGACGUUGCUAUAAGACUUUCCGGCGUGAUUCUCCUGAAGAACAGCGCCCUCUCGUUGUUUCAAUUAAUUUUGAUCGGCUAUCCUCUUAUAGUUGUCGGCGCUUUCUUCUUUUUGCCGCCCUUCUGAAACUGGUCGGAGUCCCGCUUGCCGGAGAGAAAAAUGAGCCAGGAUCAGCCACGGAGGCCCAGCAACAACACCCGGGCCCAGGCCCGGACAGAGCCCAUCAAGUACGGAGACGUGUUCGACGUCUCCGGCGGGCUCGCUGAUCAGCCUGUGGCUCCCCGGGACGCCGCCAUGAUGCAGUCCGCGGAGAACCUGACCCUCGGCCAGAGCCCGAAGGGAGGGGCCGCUGCGGCAAUGCAGUCCGCGGCCAGGCGCAACGAGAACGCCGGCCUCGUCGGCCACGACGAGCGGUCUCCGGCAGCCCGCGAGGGAAUGACGGUCACCGAGAUGGACGCCCCGGGUCGCCGCGUCGUGACAGAGUCGGUGGGCGGGCAGGUGGUCGACCAUUUUGAGACUCCGGCGCCGGUGACGGCGCAGCCGGCCGUGACGGACGCGUUCACAAUCGGCGACGCGUUGGAGGCAGCGGCCGUGACUGCCCGCGACAAGCCGGUGACGCACAGUGACGCGAGUGCCAUCCAGGCGGCGGAGGUCCGGGCCACCGGAAGGACCGCCGUCGUUCCGGGAGGCGUCGGUGCUGCUGCUAAAUCGGCUGCUAACGCCAACGAAUGGACCGUAGACGAAGAUGACAUGACGACCCUGGGAGACGUUCUUGAGGAUGCGAAGGCAAGAUUGCCUGCAGACAAGGCUGUGACGGCUGUAGACGCAGAGAGGGUGACCGGAGCUGAGCUGCGCAACAGCCCCGACCUGGUCACGUAUCCCGGCGGCGUCGCUGACACGAUGACCGCCGCGGCCAGGCUGAACCGGCAGCCCACCUGAGCCAAUCAAUAUAUAUCUCAGUUCACUUUUGGUGUUUUUAAGAGUGAAUUUUUCCUUUUAGUGAAGGUCGGUUUGUUUUUUGCGGGUAGGUUGUUGUAAACCGGGUUAACAGGAAGAUAGAUUAUCCUUUUACUUAUAUACAGAUAUAUAUACAGGUUGUAAUCUUCUUAAGAUAGAAGUAAUAGAUGUUCUUUUGUCCUUUUA